AUGACGGACAUAGCUAAGCGCAUAUUGAGUCCUACCACGAUUCACGACUCGGCCAUCAUCAGGAAAAUGACCAUACUGUCGGACAUCGCCUCAACCGUCAAAAACACACGACUCGUUCCACCAACCGAAGAUGAAAUCGCAUCAGCAAAGAAGGCAAAUCAAGACUCGGAAGCUUCUCAAAGUCGACCAAUUCUCGAAAUCACAUCCUACGACCGCUUCACACCACCAUCUCCUAAACCAGAUCUAGAAUAUGAUUGCCGUAUGACCCAGAACCCGUCCCCUCAAAUGCGGAAAACAUGCACAGGACUCGACUCCACGCUCCAAGACGAGCUUAUGAGCCGCGAAUCAUUCAGCGACAUUGUGACCCGCGCUGAGGACGAUAUUCGGCGGCUCAUGGAGAUUAAGGAUGUACGAGCUAGUAGGGAGGGUGAGAAAGCGGUAGUACGAGUAGGAUGUUUGUGUGGGAGUGGGCAUCACAGGAGUGUGGCAUUUGCAGAGCAGUUGGGUAAGAUACGGUGGAGUGAGGAUGACGGGUGGGAGGUUAGAGUUGUGCAUAGGGAUUUGACAGAAGGAGUGGAGGAGAUGAAGAAAGCCAGGAGUAAGGAGAUCGGAAAGAAAAAGAUGGAGAAGGAUGGAGAGGAAGAUGAAAAGUGA